AUGGACAACAACGACAUAAGAUCUGAUGGACCACCUCGCUCAAAAACACCUAGGGAAUCAACUGGACCCUGGUUCACUGUUCAGUGGUACAACGAUCAUGAACUUACUGACAUGGAAAAAAAAUCCAUAGCUGCUACUGGUGCUGAUAGCCCCUUGGGCUCAGACAAGGGGGCAAAUUUAUGUCUCAGGAACAAAUACAAGAAGGUCAAAGCGUCAUUUGGCAGCACGGGUGCUGGGGUGAUGCCAAAUGAAGGGAGUCAGGCAAAGAACCUGUUGGACACAGCACUUUUGGAGCUGCCAUGGUACAAGGAUCUUGAUACCAUCUGGCACUCCAAUCCUUUGAUGGCCAUGACCACACACUCGUCAAAACCAGGCAUUGAUCACGCCACGCCACUCAGCAGUCCUCCCAUCCCCCCAACAUUCAGCCAUCGCAUCCCCCCAACAUUCAGCCAACAUUCAGCCAUCACAUCCCCCCAACAUUCAGCCAAUGUUCAGCCAUCACAUCCCCCCAACGUUCAGCCAUUAUAUUCCCCCAAUAUUCAGCCAUUGCAUCCCCCAAACUUAUCAUAUCCUGUGCCCCUGCACCAUGCCCCCCCUGUACCUCCUAAUGCAAAUAUACUUGCUGGUGGCCAGUAUCCACCAGCGGUGCUGCAACAACCCCCUCCUGCUCCAUCCUAUCUCCCUCCCGAAGUCCAUCUUCCUGGCCUCUUGUCAGAUGACGAUGAUGCCAAAAAUAAUUUUUCAUUUGAUAGGCGCCUGGGGGAUCCUGCCAAGGACGAUGACAUGAUACUCAAUGAUGCUUCCCCAGUUGUGGGGAAAAAGCAUCAGCUCCCCUCAAUGCCAUCUCCUCCUCCCAAUGUUCCAGAACUAUUCAAGGGUGCAGAAGCCCUCAAGCUGUGGGAGCCGACGCAGACUGCUGUCAGAGAUGUCGUGCAGCGCGUCGACACCACCAUCGACGACGUGCAACACUACUUCGUUCGCCAGCAGCUCGAAGAAGAAGAAGAUGAAGUCAGACGUGUCGCAGCAGGUGGGACAAGUGAGAGACAAGAUUGA